AAUACAUUAGUUUAGUACUUUGAGAAUUGAAUUCCUCUCACUUCCUUCUUCUCUUGCCGCCUUCCUCCUUCUCCUCCUCCUCCUCCCUCUUACAAUAAAAUCCUCUUCCUCUCCCUCCCCUUGUUAAUCCCUAAUCCCUUAACCCUAACCCUCGUUUAUCCUCUGCUCCCCCAGAUGGCAUCAAUCAGCAUUCGUUGCCAGCACACCUCUAAUUUCUUCUCUGGAAAUUAUUCUCCUCCGCCCGAUCGUAACAAUGCUCCUGUUGCUCCAUCCUCCCUGGCCAUCUCUCGCGAUUUUGAUGUUUCCAAAUGGAAAAGAUGGAGGAUUUGCUCUUCUGCAGCUUCAAUGAAAGCAAUCGAAAAGCACAGGGCCAUCGGCAGUGAUGACAAUAAUACCAGUACUCGUAAUAAUAAGGCAACGGUUGUUUAUGAGAAACUGGAUAAAUGGAUGCACAGCUCAGUGGCGGAGAUUGUCAAGAAUUUAAAAGAAGCGCCUUUGUUAGUUCACGUUUAUGAUAAAGAUGAAACGACGACGGCGUUGACGACCGAGAAAUCGGUACAGGUGGAAAACUGGGGUGCGGCCUUGGAAAAAUGGAAGAAAAAGGAGAUUCCUUUGCCUGAAGGAGUUAUAUUUGUAGAGCGAUUGGACGAAGAAGACGAAGAAGAAAAAGAGCAGAUCACAAGGGCAUGGGGGGUUGUUGUGCAAGGGAAAGAAGCAGAAUGUGGGCCUGUUUGCUACUUGUUAAAGACUAGCAGAGUUGCUGGGUCUGGGUUUGGAGGGAUGUGCUGUACUCAUUAUUGUUUGAUGAGAGUUCAGAGUUUUAGAGAGACUGCUUUGUCUCAGCUUAAGAAUUGUUGGUUGAUUCAAGGCCAAUGACAAACAAAAGGUUUCAUUCUUUUCAUAUUGAUGGUUGAUUACUUUACAUAAACCAAGCCAAAUUGGAGGUUAUUGUUGGUUUAUGAUGUAAAAAAACGAUUAUCAUACAAGCUGAUCAUUAGUCUAUUCUUUCAAAUCUCAAUUGUAAUGAAGUGAUCAUUUUUCAUCAA